AUAAAUAGCGUACGGAGUAGCAAGUAAAGUUUAUUACAAAGCGUGGUCUGGUGAAGUCGUAACACAUUUACUGAAGCUUGGAUUUAUAACUUUAUUAAUUUUAUUGAUUGCUAAAUUACUGAAAGUUUAAAUUGUAAAGCAAAAAUGUUCAAGGCAAUGUAUAGCAAUGUUGACCGUUUCUCUGAGAAGUUUUCUUUUGACAAAAUGUCUACUGCAAGCAAUGAUGCCAGUGCAGAGUUUAGCAUUUUCCACGACUAUUUGGGCUUGGUGAAUUUGGUAAAGCCGGUUUUGUCACCACACGAGUCAUUGGAUUCACCAAUGUCCGAGACAAGCAGUGUAUUUGAUUAUCCUUCUCUGGAAGCUCCGAGCCGUCAUCGAAUAAAUAGUGUGGAUUCAGAUGCGAUUAGUGAUAGCUCCUCGUCUGCGGGAAGCAGAGAUGCGGAUUUGUACGACCUCGUGGCUGCUCCAGCGGAAUCCAUGAAAUAUUCAACUCGGUCUGUUAUGGGAAAUGACAUAAACAUUUUAACACAAAGUUACGCUAAGACACUCGAAUCGCUAAUUGCUCAAAAAAAUGCUCUUAACUGUUUAUCACCACCUCUUUCAAAAGAUUCAAGAUUGUCUAAGGCCAACAAAACCACCGUGUGUGUAUUCUGCAGAAAUAAUGGCGAGUCGAAAGAAUUUUACAGCUCUCACACUUUGAAAGAUAACGAAGGGAAUACAACUUGUCCAAUUUUACGCGCCUACACUUGCCCUCUGUGUAAAGCGAACGGCGACAACAGCCACACGAUAAAGUACUGCCCGAAGUAUACACCAAAAAUGAAAGCAGACAAAUUUUUAGGUAUAUCUCUUUAAAUUUUUUAUAAUAACUAUUGCUAGUUUUUAAAAACUUUUAAUGUCAUGUUUAUAAUAAAUACUAUAUUCUGAACUGUAUAUAUAUAUAUUUGAGUUGUUUUUAGUGAUAUUUUUUUUAUUUUCCUGCAAGGAAACCCAAAGAACUAUUUGUACUUGGCGGGAAUUUAUUUACAAAUGAAGCAUUUUAGGUAAAUUUUCACUUCUGACAGCUUUUUCUUAGCGAUCGUAUGAUGCAUCACAUUUUCCUCUUCUCGGUACGAAAGUGUAGCCUCAAAGUUUGUUUUUAUAGGUUCUUAUUUUGUUUACAUUAUUAAAUGUCAUUAAAAGAAUUUUAUCAAAUUACACAAACAAUGUUAAUUCGGGGUGAUGACCCCCCCAGUCUUAACUUUCACUUUUUGACACGAGUAUAAGUUAGGUAGACAUGCUUUUGUUUCAGUUUAUAAUUUAAGCAAAUAGUGUGUAUAUUUUGAAUUUUAUGUCCUGAAUUAGGCUCAGGUAGAUUGUAUACAUAGAUUUUUGCAGGCUAGUUUUAUUUUCAUUUGACAAGGCCUGUUCUCAAGAUGCUCUCGACCUGACGUAGACAGUAUCUGUUAAACUUUCUCACGUAAAUUCUAAGCCGUAUUUUUGAAAGUUUUUUGUGGUUUUUGAGGUAAGGACGAUCUUUUAAUUCUUCUUUAUAACAAAUUUGCUGUUCUCUUUGUGACCGGUGUUAAAGAAAAAAAUCCUUGUUUUCAAACGGGUAGGUUUGUUUAGGACCUAAUUAGAAAUACUUGAGUAUCGAGACUUUCUGUAUUUAUUUUGAUCUAACUUGGCGAACAAAGCUCGUUCAAGUAUUACCACCUGUUGCUAAACUGGGUUGAACAAACGUUUUGGGAAUUGAAACAACAGGUGUUGAUAACAGCGCCUCUCUCGUUGUGCUUUUCACGUCCACUCUCCACCACUCUGAAUUUAGCAAUGAGUGAUUUUAUUUGUAGUUAGGGUAGACAUUUUUAUAUCCGGUUUAUUUAGAUAAGUAUCGUGCCCUAUUUUCUUUCGUGUUUCUAAACUUACUUAAAAUAACUUCAUGUUUUCAGAAAGUUGAUCUCUGAAUGCUCUUUUAAACAAAUGUCACUUUUUUAAUGUCCGUUAUAAGAUUUGUAUAUAGUUUUUGACAAAAACUCACGCACAAAAAUUCGUGUCCCGACAUUCCGUAUCCUUCCGAGAUUUUCCUGUUUUUUUGGCGCCAUCUUUUUUACUUUAAUCCAAAAUUCCCGCUGUUUUUAUUUGGUAGAGCUUUUUAACGAUACGUAAAUAAACACAGUUGAGUAAACUGGUUUAUAUAAUACUAGUUGUUUUGAAUACUCUAAAUUUGAAAUUUUUAGUUUCAGUUAAUGUGUGUCGCUAUUGUUUUUGUAGAUUUUUUACUUUUUUCGCCAGUGUUCGAAAAAAAUUCACUUGUGAAAAGAAAGAAAGAUGAUACUUCGUGUUUUGCUCAGAGAGCUACUUCGCACAUCUAGGUUUCUUGGCUUUUGGUUUUUAUUUUGUUGUUUUUGGCAAGUGAUUUGUCAAUAUAUUCUGAAGUGAGUGAUAUUUCAAAUUAUAUUGACGUCAAAUUUUUUAUAUAGUUGUUUAAGAUGUAAAGUUAUUAAGAUUUUAUUUAAAAGUCAUUGUUGGUAAUAACAUGACUGAAAACAACAUUUUAAUAUUGUAUUAAUAUUUUCUGUAUUUUAAAAAAGUAAAUUUUCAUUAAUAAUAACAACGAA